AUGGAUAGGGUUAAGGAGUCUAUUCGAAAAUCAUUUAGUGACUCGCAUAAGUAUGCAAAGGUCUUUGACAUCAUUGAUAAAAGGUGGACGGAUCAACUUCAUCAAUCUUUGCAUGCCGCUAGGAAUAUGUUGAACCCAUCAACCUUUUAUGAUAACAAUGAGAUGCGAUUACUAAAUGUAAAAGUGAUGAAGGGAUUCUAUGAGAGUGUUGCUAAGUUGGUUCCCGAGGAAGAUGAGCAAGAUCAAAUAGGGUUACAACUAAGUGCUUAUACUAAUUCUGAAGGAACCUUUGGAUUUUCAAUGGCUAUAAGACAAAGAAAGAAGAAGUCACCAGAGGCUUUAUGGCAGAGACACUCUAGAAUUACAAAAAUUCAUAGCAAGAAGAGGAAUAGACUAACCCUAAAGCGCCUCCAUGACCUAGUGUUCAUAAAAUACAAUAGAACAUUGAGGCGUCGUUACAAUGUUGGCAAUGUAAUUGAUCCAAUUGCUUUGGACAAUAUUGAUGAUGCCAAUGAAUGGCUAACCGGAGUUGAGAAUGUUGAAGAUGAUGCAAUUUUUUAG